CAAGCCGAAAAAUCCGAAAGGAAAAUAGAAAAUCCAGAUAGAUGAAACUUGAAAGAGCCAUGGCCACCAAAAUUGAGAAAGAAGAACGAUAGAAAGAGGGUCCCACAAUCCCUUUCCAAUCUUUCUCGAAUAGAUUCCCAAGAAACGCCCCCAAAUAAAUCCCACGAGCUGUAGCGUAGUAUUUAGCUAUUUAUUGUAAAAAUCUUCACAAUCUCAAAUCUUGCUGUAAGAAAGCAGAGGAGCAGUAGCAGCAAUAGCAAUAUGCAGAUCUUCGUGAAAACCCUAACUGGGAAGACGAUCACUCUCGAGGUCGAGAGCAGCGACACCAUCGACAAUGUCAAAGCCAAGAUUCAGGACAAGGAAGGCAUUCCUCCUGAUCAGCAGAGAUUGAUUUUUGCUGGCAAACAACUGGAAGAUGGUCGCACUCUUGCAGAUUAUAACAUCCAAAAAGAGUCCACACUUCACCUUGUUUUGAGGCUCAGGGGAGGAACUAUGAUUAAGGUGAAAACUUUGACUGGAAAAGAAAUCGAGAUUGAUAUUGAACCAACCGAUACCAUUGAUCGGAUCAAGGAACGAGUUGAGGAGAAAGAAGGCAUUCCGCCAGUGCAACAAAGGCUCAUUUAUGCUGGCAAACAACUCGGAGAUGACAAAACUGCUCGUGACUACAACAUUGAGGGAGGCUCUGUCCUGCAUCUCGUCCUUGCACUGAGGGGUGGAGGCAGCGCCUGAAUAGUAUAUCCUCGAAAAUUUUACUGUUUCUGCUUCUAUGUCCCAAAUGGUAUGGCAUGAACACAUGAGUCUCUAGUGGUGUGUGGAAGAACAAAAAAACCCUUUGACCUCAUCUAUUUUCCCAGACAUAAUAUCACCUUGAAUUCUCCUCCA